AUGUCACAAGUAGAUGUCGAAAAUAUCACAGUAGAAGCGUUGCCUAAGCUUCUUGAGGCCGAUUCAAAAGUUAAAGUUGCUGGAAUCGACGCAGAUGGUAUUCUGCGAGGCAAGGUCAUUUCCAAAGAUAAAUUCCUGGGCGUGGCUGCUGAUGGCUUCGGCUUCUGCUCAGUCCUCUUUGGCUGGGAUAUGCAUGACCGCCCAUACUCUAAGGAGUUGAAAAUAUGCGUCGCAAGAAAGGGUUGUAGCGACAUACUUGCGCGUCCCGAUCUUAGUACAUUCAGAAGGAUUCCAUGGGAAGACAACAUCCCGUUCUUUCUAGUUACCUUCCUCGACCCAGUCACUGUCAGGCCAAUCAGUGCUUGCCCUCGUGGUCUAUUGAAAUGCACUACUGAUAAGCUCAAAAGUCACGGAAUCCGGGCCAUGGCGGGAGUGGAAAUCGAAUUCUCUCAAUUUAAGCUACCAUCUGAAAUUCCAGGCGCUCAGUCAAAAAAUGUAUCCAUAGCUUCAUUCUUGAGAGAUCAUAAUAUCAACGCCUUAGAACCAUUGACUGAUGGCAUGUUUGGUUACAGUCUAACUCGAACGGCACAAAAUAAAGAAUAUUUCUACAAUAUUUUUGAUACUUGUGAGAAAUUCAGAUGUGGGAUUGAAAGCUGGCAUACCGAAAGCGGUCCUGGAGUUUUUGAAGCUGCCUUGAAAUUCUCGGAAAUUCAGCAAAUGGCCGAUAAGGCUACCUUGUUCAAAUAUCUGGUGAAGUCCAUAGCUAUACCGUAUGGCAUAACACCCUGUUUCAUGGCUAAACCAAAGCAAGGGAUAUCAGGAAAUAGUGGUCAUAUACACAUCUCUUUGAUCGAUAGCAACGGGAAUAAUCUAUUUGCGCGUGAGGCAAGAGAUGAGGGAGCCAAAUACCAAGAUAUUUCUUACCUCUCUGAUAUAGGACGGCAGUUUCUCGCUGGUAUUUUGGAUGGUUUAACAGACAUCAUGCCCAUGCUGGCCCCCAAUAUCAACUCAUACAAGCGUCUAGUCGAAAACUUCUGGGCACCUGUCACAGUAUCGUGGGGUCUAGAACACAGGGCAGCGUCAGUUCGGAUAAUUGCUCCGCCAACCUCUAAAUCUGGAGCUACGCGAAUCGAAGUGCGAGUCCCUGGUGCUGAUAUCAACCCAUCUUACGCUCUAGCUGCUAUUUUAGCCCUUGGUUGGAGAGGAGUAGAGAAAAAGCUAGAAAUCAGUCUUCCCCCAUUACAGACUGGUCUUAAUGUUGGAGAAACAUCCGAUUCCAGGACACGACUUUCCAAAAGCUUAAGAGAAGCAACCGAAAAUUUUAUGAGAUCCGAGAGCAUUGCUAGGGAAGUUUUUGGAAAUGAUUUUGUCGAGCAUUAUGGGGGUACGCGAGAGAAUGAGUAUCGAUUGUGGGAUGAAGCUGUAACUGAUUGGGAAACACAACGCUACAUUGAGACUGUGUGA